UAAUACAUUAAGUAUGAUUGGAAAAAAAGAAAGUUUAUGUAUAAUAUUUCUUAAAUUGAAAAUUCCAGUUUUAAAUCAAAGUGUGCAUCAAGGUUAAGUGAUAUGAAAGGUGUAUGUUUACAUUUCGCCUAUGAACAAGGGAAGCCACUCAAAAUAUUAUUUACAGUAUUAAUUGCUUGUAUCAGGUACACGUUGAUCCAUGCCAUGGAACUUUUAUGAUCAACUAUUCUUCUGUCAUGUAAUACUUUUUUCUUAAAUGGCUGGUCGGUCAAUUAAUAGUCAAAACUUGGCUCGGGCAACAGUUGACUGUUUUUUUCUCAAACUUGGGCAAAUAUUUUUUUUACUAUUUACCAACAAGCCAUUCAACAAGUGUUUACUAUUGGCAAGAUGUUUUACUCCCUUAAGUUUUUUUGCUGCAGUUAUCUCCCCCAUAACCUUUUAGUAUCCAAAUUCCAGCAGCUGAACCUGCAAUAGUAUAGGUCUUUCUACGAUUUGGCAUCAAUAGGAACUGAAUUUUUAUUAUAAAAAAUGAAAAAGUUUCACAUUAAGUACCAGUUUUAUUGUUCACUGUUAUGUAUUGAAUGUAUGCAAUUAACUUAAGUUAACAGUAAAACAUAUUUUACAACCAUGCAAUUAUUUAUAACCACCUGGGUUAAAUUAUAGUUUGGCAGAUGAAGUGCACUUAAUGUGUCUUUUAUGAAAAAAUUGUCUUAAUUUAUCACGAAUUAUCACAAAUUGGCUAUUAUGCGAGAGUUGAACUGUAAAUGCUUUAAUGGAAAUUAUUCCAGUUUUAGUUUUUCAUGUCAUAAAUUUUUAAGGUUUCUCAAUUUUUGAGAAUUAAAACAAAAUAUUUAUGGGCUUUUACCAUGAUAAAUUACUAUAUUAAAGUACAUUUAGCACUCUAAUAUCAAAGCUGCACUCUCACAGAUUGUCUGUUUUGACCCUGUUUAAAAACAAUUGUCUCAGAAUUGGCUGAUUUUGGUAUCAAUCCAUUCAAUUCAGUCAUAUAAGAUAACUCACAUUAGAACAAAUCUCAAUCGUUUAGGAAACUGCCGAAAAAUUCCAUACUUUCUUAAAGCGUUAGUAACGCUUUUAGCUAAAAAACAUCAAUUCUGGAACUUAAAUAUGAAAAAAUGCUAUCUGAUCUUUGAUUUUGUCAGCAAUCCUGUAUCACUGCUUUCCAGACAUUUACGGAAAAAUAGGCUCAUUUGUGAUUACAAGACAAAAGAUUUCUUUUUGUCAAAACAGUCAAUCUGUGAGAGUGCAGCCUUAAGCUUAUAAUCCUUUAUGUAAUUCUUUAUACUUUAUAAUUUUGUAGUAAAGUUGAUGUCACUAUCUUAUCAAUGUGUGUUCGCCAAAAUAUCAUUGGAUAAAAACAAUUCAGUUAAAUAUAAUAGUGGAGUUGGAAAUGAAAGUGUCAGAAUGUUUUGCCUGCAACUUCAAAUAAACUUUGUCUCAGCAUCACUUUCAAUAGAUAGCAUUGCUAUCGGUUUGAAAUGAUAAGAUGGCAUCUGAGGGCCCUAGCUGUUUCAUUAAAGAUCAAAAGGUUUAAAAUUGUUAAUUUCCAGGCAUAACCCAGUUUUAGGAGUGACCCCGUUUUUGGCAUGACCCUGUUUUAGGAGUGACCCCGUUUUUUGUGUAAACUGUCCCGUUUUUGGCCUAAACUGUGUUUUAAUAAAAAUAUCGUAAGGACAUUUAUCCAUAGAUUCUGCCUGUACUUUUUAGGGGUCCUCAAGCGCUCUCUUAAGCAGCGUGAAGUUUCUAACUAAGAUAUCUUAUUGAUGGGCCCUGGUUUGUAUUAGCUGUUUCAUCAUUUAGUAAAAUUUAAGCCUGAAUGUUGAAUUGUUGCUAUACAUGCAGAUUUUAAUUUAAAAGGGAUAGAAUGUCUGAGCCGGAUGAUAUUUGAUUUUUGCCGGGUAACAGAUUAUUGCUUGGUGCAAAAAAUCUAGACAUGAAGUGACAUAAAAUCAGAUUCAAUUAAUGCAAAGUCUUAUACAAAAGCAAAAUAAUUUGCAUUUAAAAUAGUUAAUAACGAAGCUGUCACUAAAGUUUUACACGAUUGAAUGUUUUAUAUUUGUAAGACCACAAAUAAAAAAGUUUUUUUUUAAUCUUAUCCGACUGCCUCACAGAAAACACUCACACCUAAUGAUUUUUAAACCCCUUUAUUCGUUAUUGGCCCUGAAAUGUUUUUUUAGGCUCUUUAUUGGAUAUUUGCACCCGAAUGAUUUUUAAGCCUCUUUAUUGGAUAUUUGCACUCAAAUGAUUUUUAAGCCCCUUCAUUGGUAGUUGGCACCCAAAUGAUUUUUAAGCUCCUUCAUUGGUAGUUGUUACCCGGAUUUUAGCCUCUUAAUUGCUUAUUGGAACCCGGAUUAUUUUUAGCCCCUUCAUUGCUAAUAUUGGCACCCAGAUUAUUUUUAGCCCCUUCAUUGCUUGUUGGCACCCGAAUUAUUUUUAGCCUCUUCAUUGCUUAUUGGAACCCGGAUUAUUUUUAGCCCCUUCAUCGCUUAUUGGCACCCAGAUUAUUUUUAGCCCCUUCAUUGCUUGUUGGCACCCGAAUUAUUUUUAGCCUCUUCAUUGCUUAUUGGAACCCGGAUUAUUUUUAGCCCCUUCAUUGCUUAUUGGCACCCAGAUUAUUUUUAGCCCCUUCAUUGCUUGUUGGCACCCGAAUUAUUUUUAGCCCCUUCAUUGCUUGUUGGCACCCAAAUUAUUUUUAGCCCCUUCAUUGCUUAUUGGCACCCGGAUUAUUUUUAGACCCUUCAUUGCUUAUUGGCACCCUGAUUAUUUUAAGCCUCUUCAUUGCUUAUUGGCACACGGAUUAUUUUUAGCCUCCUCAUUGCUUAUUGGCAUCCGAUUUUUUUUAGCCUCUUUAUUGCUUGUUGGCACCCGCAUUAUUUUUAGCCUCUUCAUUGCUUAUUGGCAACCACAUUAUUUUUAGCCUCUUCUUUGGUAGUUGGCACCCUAAUAAUUUUUUAGCCUUUUCAUUGGUUAUUGGCACCCAAAUGAAUUUUAGCCUUUUCACUUGUCACCCGAUUGAUUUUUUGGUUUAUUGAUACCCGAAUGAUUUUGUAUCCGCUUCAUUGGAUUAAGUUGCACCCGAAUUAUUUUUUAGCUUCUUCAUUGUUUAUCAUGUCUUAUUACUGAAGGUAGAAGGAUGAAAAUAUAAAAGAACAAAAAAACCUACCUACCAACCCACCCCUCAAACACCACCCCUCAAACUGUAGGUCAGCUUAGGCCCCCAAUUCUUUUUAGUCUUGGCCUUUUGCUUAAUCACAAUAGCAUCAGUUGAACUGAUGAAUCAUAUUACAUAAAAGUGAAUGACUUGCCUGAUACCUUGUAUGAUGUGUAAUAUAAAUAAUUAAACUGAUAAGAAAAUUUCUAUAAAAUACUGUUUCAUAUGGAAACAUUAUGUGUUUGUCUUUUGCUUUUUAUGUCAGUAAGUUAAUACCCAGACACUUUAUGAUUUUCACAUUAUUUUGAUCACAAAUUUAUUUUAUUUCAUUACGACUUUGGGUAAAAAAAAUCCUUCCACAAUAUUUUCUCAUCUUAUAUUUGUUGUUUAGUGUACAAGUUGAUUUUAUUGUUGAUUUGCCAAAAAUAGUAGUAAUGGUUUUAUAAUGAUCUAAAUAUUAUUGUCAUAGCCUUGAUGUCGUAAAUUAGCGUUAGCAUGAAAGCCUUAAUUUUUGCCGUAAUAUUCCAAAGCCUUUGCAAGAUAUUUAAAUGAAACUUGGUACACAGCAAAGCCUAUAAAGCUGUCUGGCGUAAAUCCACAAUAAAAUAGAUCGUAUCCAGCCGGAAACGCUAGCGGGCAAAGAUCUCCUCUUACCUCAGGUCCUCCAGCAGGUUGCUCUCUGAAAACACGAGGACCUGGCACUUGCCUCUGAUAAAUAGGAUUUCUAACGAUAGCUCUAUGUCCAGCUGACAUCUUGGAAGGUUGCAAAGCUUCUAAAUUAUAGACUCAGUGUUUGAAACUCAGACUCAGACUUUGGACUCAAACUUUGAUCCCAGAAACAUUGAAAUUGAAUACCGUUUUACAGCCAAAAGUCUGAAUCUUGUGUCCUAAGUUUACCUUUGAGGCUUAGACAUGUAUGUGAAUACGACCCCUGGCUUCAAUAAUUAUUGAGUUCUGACCCUUGUUUAGCUGAAAAACAACAGGCGAGCAUUUGCUCUCAAGCGCUCUUGUUAUUUGUUUGAAAUUAGUUAUAGUUUUAAGUUUAUCUCAAGAAUUGUUUUACUUGUCCAGGGAGGUAAACCUGGACUUAAAUAUGCUUGUAACUUUUUUUCUCUCCAACAGGAGUACACAUACACUCGUGCAAAUCGAGGGGCAGUCUAGCCGCCAGACAUUGUCACAUUGAAGGGUGACAAACAAUGGUUAAGGCUCGGUCAGAAGCUAACCUUAUAAAGUGUAUCGUCUCUCGAUGCCAAGGCAAGCGGCCACAUGGGCAUUCGAACGCUGAUCUACUACUUCGGGACGACGUUCAUGGCAAUCAUCAUCGGCGUUAUUCUUGUUGUCACCAUUCACCCCGGUCAGAUGGACCUGAAAGACAAGCUUGCUGUUAGUAAUGUGGACAGUCGCCUCACCGGAAUGGACGCUUUUCUGGAUCUUGCCAGAAACUUUUUCCCAGACAACCUGGCCCAGGCCAUGUUUCAGCAUGUGAAAACUGAGUAUAAAAAUGUCACAGAGCACAGAAAACGUAUCGAGCAGAUCAACGUUACUGACGUUGUUGCUGGCACAACCCUCAUGGUGAAUACGACUACGGGUCUGCCCCUAAACGUGACCUUGAGCCCCAUUGGAAAUGUGACGAAUGUGAUUGUUGAGUAUACGAUUGAAGUUGAGAAGAAGGGACUGCAGUUGGGGAAUGGCAUUAACGUCCUCGGUUUAAUCUGUUUCUGCGUUGGGUUUUCCAUCUACCUGAGCAAGAUGGGAGCGGAGGGUCAGCCAAUGAUCAACUUCUUUAACAUUCUCAACGACAUCGUCAUGAAACUUAUCAUGCUGGUCAUGUGGUAUUCCCCUGUGGGUAUCAUGUUCCUUAUCUGCGGAAAGAUUCUGGAGCUCGAGGACAUCGGAGCGGUGGCCGCACGCCUGGGACUCUACAUUGUCACUGUUGUAUCGGGCCUCGUGGUUCAUGCCUGCGUCUCGCUCCCACUCACCUACUUCAUCAUCUGCAGGAAAAACCCACUCAAGCUGUUCCAAGCUGUGUUUCAGGCUUGGAUUACUGCCCUUGCUACAGCAUCUAGCUCGGCAACACUGCCAGUGACAUUCAAGUGUCUUGAAGACAACAUGAAUAUUGACAAGCGUGUCACACGAUUUGUUCUGCCAGUAGGAGCCACAAUCAACAUGGACGGGACAGCCCUUUACGAGGCAGUUGCCCCGAUCUUCAUCGCUCAGAUGAACGGCAUUGAACUCUCCUUCGGGCAAAUACUCACUGUCAGCUUGACAGCCACAUGUGCAGCUAUAGGCGCAGCAGCUAUUCCAAGUGCGGGCCUCGUGACAAUGUUGAUGGUGCUAACCUCCGUCGGACUCCCUGUAGAGGAUGUCAGCAUUAUCCUUGCUGUCGACUGGUUCCUUGACCGGCUAAGGACGAGCGUAAACGUUCUGGGAGACAGUUUUGGUGCUGCCUGUGUGGCGCACCUCAGUCGCCAUGAGUUACAAGAAAUAGAUCGCCACCACCUGGCUGUUGAGAUGGAAGAAAUUGAUGGGAGCAUGAAGGCAAAUGGUGGAGAUAAUGUUACGUCACAGGGCGCAGAUGGUGGGGAACUUUAUCCUGAUCCCAAUGCUUGAGGAUUUUGAUCGAAUUGACCUUUAUCCUAAUCUGAGAGUGUGAGGACUUUGUUCGAAUUAUAAUUAACUGUCAUUGUGCUAAGAAUACAUUAGGCCACAAUUAAUCAAAUGGUUUGUUUGGUUUCCGUAUCCAUGACCUGAAUUUUUUAUUAGCAUCGCAAGUGGUCAUUUUUAGCUCUAAUAGCCAAAGGCCAGAAGAGCUUAUGCCAUGGCGCGGUGUCCGUCAUCCGUGCAUGUGUCUGUAAACAAUUGCUUGUGAAUGGGGGUAAAGUCUUAAUAGUUUUAAUAGUAUCUUAAUCAAAUUUGUACAAUAGUUAGAUAGCCAUGAGAGCUUGGUUCCUUUCUUAAAUCAGGCAGGUAGGCCCAUGCAUUACUGGAUUAUAUCUCACGAAAUUAUCAGAAUUGCUAUUGUAUCAAAUUAAAAAAUUACAGUCUAAGGGACACAACCUGUAUUCAGUCACUUUAGUUGGUUUUAUCUUUUUUUUUACUUCCUUCGCUUCGUUAAAGACUUACGAGAGACAACCUGUAAAGACUGUGUGUGGUUGGUUCUCUUCCUUCCCUUUGUGAACUAUCAGUAUGUUGUCUCUUUCUCAUACAUACAUACUCUAGAUUGAAAAUGACCAUAAGAGCCAUGCAAGCAGAGCAUGGGGCCCUCAUGGGCCUCUUGUUUAUUUUAUUCUCAUAACCGAAUUUAGGAGUAUAGAUGUAAAGAAACAAAACAAAGAAAACACCUAAGCAACCCAACAAUACAUAAAACUGUGUUUAGGGUAACGCCAAACAAGCUAUUUAUUAACUGUGGCCUAAAUUAACGCUUUUUAUGUGCAUUGUUUACAUGAUUUUUUCAUGUAAAACAAUUAUAACUCUGUGAAAUUAGUCACUGUUGGUGUUAUGUAUGUACAUGUACCAUUAAUGGAACUUCAUUAACUGAGCGACUUCAAAUGCAAAAUAGACUUAAAGCAUUAAGAUUUGAUAGUUGUAACACAUUUACGUUUUCAAAAAGAAAAAAAUGAGAGAUUCAGACCCAUGUUAGAAAAUGAAGAUAUAUAUAGAUAUAAACAAAUGUUUAGCUUAACUUUGUUAAUUCAGUCAGGAUUUGUAAUAAUGGUUAAGGGUUAUUAUCAUGCGUUUACCAAAGAUAAAUUGGCGUGGAGUGUCACAGACCCAUAUAUUUUGUAAAUGCAUACUAAUAAUCCUUUAACCAACUAAGUGUUAUAAAUUAUAUUUUGUCUACUGAUUCGGCCUCUAUUUAAUGCUACGAAUUGACUUGAUUAAAGCUAACUGCAGAUUUACCAAAUAAAAUGGUCCACAAAUUUGAAAAUACUGCAUUCACAUUGGAAAAAAUAUAAUUUUGAACACUAAAAGUUUCAUGGAAGAAAUGUAAUACAAAACCUGUAUGGAAGUAUAUGAAAGUCAGCUUCUCUUAACAGGGAUUGAUAUUCGGCAAUGGAUGAAAUUUGAUCAUGUAAAGUCAUGUAGGUGUGAGAUUUCAAUGUUGUACUCAUUUGUUUGUGAAAACUACUUGGAGUGUUUUUUUAUAGUGGUUCCAAGUGGAAAUACAUAGAAAUAGAUUAAUCAUGGUUGUGACCUCAGUGUUUAAAGUAGAGUUAGUUGUUUACAUUUUGUUUUUACUGUGUUCUUAGUUUUAUAGUUACAUGUGUGGUCUUUAUUCUGUUGACCAAGCUUAUAAGAAAUUUUCAUUAUUGUUUGAUCACUCGACUACAAAAUAAGACUGUUAUUUUCUUUCUAUUUAAACUACCAUGAACUGUUAAAAAAAUAAAUUGAUCCGCUGUAACUGCAUUGAAGGUAAACGCUGCACUGGUUUGAUUGUCCGGUUUGCGCAGUGGUUAGCGCACUUGCUUCUCACCUUGGUGACCCGGGAUUGAUUCCCGGCCUAGGCGCCAUCUCAGUUUGGUUUGUGGUCACAGAGCUGGACAGGAAGGUUUCUUGCGGGAACUCUUGUUUCCCCUACAACACAAGACCUAUGAUGUAAUAACUUGUUUAACAAGCAUUGUAAAAUAAAUCGGUUUAAAUUAAUUAAAAUUAAAGAUGCACACUUCAAAUUUAUCCCAAAUGUAAUAAAAGCAUGCUUGCAUGUUAUUUAUGACAAUCAAUUUGUCAGUGCGGGACUCAACAGACUGAUUCAAAACAAGUCAUGAAUGUCUUUACUUCAAACCAUGGUUGACAUUCAAUUACAUGUACAAUGAUGCCAAUAAAAUGAUUGACUGCUGCCGUGUUUCAUUCGCAGAUAAUGCAAUCACAAAAUAACUUCAAGCCUGUGUUUAAACUGAUGUGUUUAUAUGAUUUGGGUUGGACAUGAGCACAAUAAACGCUGUUAUUAAUCGGUCAUUGAUCUUAUUAUUAUAAACAACUUUUUAUUUAAUAGCUUUGUCCAUAGAAUAAAGUCCUGUGCUGUAUGUCCAGUAAUUGUAAAUGCUCAGAUAAAUUAAAAUCAUUCCAAUGAGUAUAGCACUUUUUCAAAUAUUCAAGGGAAACAAACUAUGAAAAUAUUUAACCAGUCUUUUUUUAAUAAAUUAAAAUGUAUGUGUAUGCAUUUAUUUAAUAACAUCAGAAAUGAAAGUAAUUUUAAACAUGCUCUUUAUAAUGGUAGAUACAUGUACAAAAAUAUAUUGGGUCUUUUAAAAGGCUUUUGAUGAUGGUAUUAAAAGUAUUUUCAAUACUCAUUGUAAAUUUUUGUAUAUAUUCAAUUUAAAAAUUAUUGAUUAUGUAGAAAAACAUGUACAUCGAAAACUAUUUUAAUAGAAAUACUUUGUAGGCAUUUUAAACUUGUUAUUUUGUAUGAUUUUAUACGGUUGUUGUGCAUAUUCCAUGUAUACAUUUCCCAUUUUUAUAAAAAUUUCAUCACCAUUUAUUAAGUACUACAGUCAAAACUCGUUGGCUUGAUUUCCCUAAGCUUGAUUUCCUCGUAAGCUCAAACUGGAUGUGAGGACUGAUUUUGUUUCAUUCUUUGUAAGCAUUCCUGCUUGGCUGGAUAUUCGCGAGGCUCGAAGUAUUUUGGUUGAUCCCUUUGAUAUCGAGCCAACAAGUUUCGACUGUAGUUUCAUAGAGUUAAAUCAGUAUUGAGAACACUGUGACAUCUUGGAUUUGUUGUAUUGUCGGUGACUGCAACAUACGGAUGCUUAGUGUUUAGGCUCAUGUCUCUGAUAAUGGGAUGACAUGACGGAGUCACAAUUAAUUAUUUAGAAUGGCUCUGGCAACCAAAAGUCCAUGAAUUAGAUUACAGAACUGCCAAAUUUUCAUUAAGUCAUUAAUCAGUUUUACUAAGUGAGUUAUUUAGAAGCUCACAUGUGUGUUCUGACUAGUUUAAAGGCAUUUGUAUGGCAUAUCGCACUGAACACUAAGAAAGUGAACAUUUAUUUUGGUCGUCUAAACAAUUAGUCGGCAUUGGGCUGCGCCUGGCUUGCUGACUUAACCAUUUAGAAGACUGAAGAUAAACACUUUCUAUUGCUUACCUGUUCUAAAAUGAGUAUUGUUUUUUUCUAGUAUCUAUUGUGUACAUUGUUGAUGUGUUUACUUUGUAUGGUUAUGUUUGUAUGAUGACUUUAGUACCUCCUAGUGGACCUUAUUCUCGAAUACCACUUUUUGCCACGCUAGACACUGCAUCGUUUCAGCUGGAUACUGGUAUAUCUGCUCCGUUUCAAACAAAUAAAAUCCAAGUUUCGAACUAUCCAGUCGUUGUUGAGAUUUUAGUGCAAAAAUCGGCUAAAAACGGUAUCCCCCACAAAGGAUUAUUCUACACUUAGUUGAUUGCAGAAUGAAACAAAUACUGGUUAAUCUCUGGUCAUGGUUUUAACAAUAUUCCGGCCUUAAGUCUUCGGAAUGAUUGCUUAAACUAUACUCUAAUCCAGAAAUUCUACCUCUGAUAUUUUACUGUAACAAAAGUACAUAAAAUUCAUCUUUUGACACAUUUUGGACUACCAAUCAUUUUUAAAGUUAGGAGUCAUAUUUAUGUAAAUAACACCAAAAUAAAAAUAAAACUGUCAGCAUUCAUAUAGUCAUAGUAACGUAUGUAAAAUAUACUGUAUGUAUAUGUAACUUUGGUUAAAGCAUUUUUACCCAUCACACUAUAUUAGUUAGUAAUUGUUUUUAAUUAUCUUUUCUUUAGUAUAAUUAUGUAAAUAUGUAAUAGCUGUAUAUAUCUUACCAUUUACACAUUACAAUGUCAUGUAUGUCCCCCGUUCCUUUGUGUUUAUUUCACACAAAUCAUUAAAGAUUUUAAAAGCCAUUAUUCAAUUAUUUUUUUAUGAAAUUCAUUACUGGCAUAUUUAUUUUUAAUAUUGUUUUAAAUUUUUACAAUAAUUUUUUCAAUUUUGCAUAUUGAGCAAUUUUAUCCUUAACAGCAAAAUGUAGUGGGUUCUGCUUUAGUUAGAAUGGUAUUUUUAUUUUUAAAGUUGUAAGUUUCGGGUAUGCAUUCAACAAGACCUUAAAUUGUAAUAUCUACAAAUGUAUAGCCAAAUGCUUACAUUUUUGGAUCAUUUCCUUAAGCGAAAGGACUUAAAGUGGGAAAUCCACAUCUCCAAAUUUUUUCAAAGCAAAGAUCCUUAUAAUAGAUUCCUGUCGCAUGAUUGUCAAAUAUCAAAUUUUGGCGCCAAGCUUUAACACUUUGUAACAAGACUUUGAAUUGCUGUUACUUUUUUUACUUAAUAUAUUUUGAAAAAUCUGAAAACUUUUUUAUGGUUUAAGAACAUAUUUGUGGAGAACUAGUUGAAAAUGUUUAAUAUUACCACCGAACAGACAAUUUCUCUCCCAUUAAGUGUACUUCAGUUGUUGUUUUCCUGUACUUUAUGGAUUUCAAUGUUUGAUGGGUUUUUUCCUUAUACAUAUUUUCUUAUAUCAUUUUAUGAAUUAAAUAACGAUUGGAAAACUGUUCAAAACAGUGAAAUUUUGUACAUUAAAUUAAUGAACAUUUUAAUAAAUAAAUCAUGAGAAGCAAAAAACAACAGCCUAAAAAAAUAUUUUGCCACAUUUUAAACCAAUCAAUUGAAUGUUAAUUGCUUGCAUUUAGAUGUAAUUUUUUCAGCUGUUCAUAAUUGAAUUACUCUUCCACCAACGAUGGAUCUGCCUGCUUAUAAUUUAUUUGUCAUUCAUUUUGUUAAAAUUUUUCUUCAUUUCAUUAGAUCCAGGUACUCCCGAGCAGGUCAGAGAAAUCUGAGACUUAUACAAGGCACUGUAGAAUAUCACUGAUUUUCUUAAAGGCUUUUGCAGGAUUGAAAUACAUUUUUCUCAUCAAUUGAAUGUUGUAUGUAUUCAUGUACUGUACUGUAAUGACAAUAACUUGUUAUACAAUGUACAAAUAGUUAAUAAAAUGGUGAUUUUCAAGUG